AUGACGACGCGGGCGACGCCGGAGCUGCUGGGUGCACUGCAGCACGCGCCCGAGCGCAUCCGCAACAUCUGCAUCCUGGCGCAUGUGGACCACGGCAAGACGACGCUCAGCGACAGCCUCGUGUCGGCCAACGGCAUCAUCUCGGAGCGGCUCGCCGGCAAGGUGCGGUACCUCGACAACACGGAGGAGGAGCAGGUGCGCGGCAUCACUAUGAAGUCCAGCGCCAUCUCGCUCGUGUACCAGCCCGAGCCCGUGGCCGACAAGGCACCGGAAGCUCCGUACCUCAUCAACCUCGUGGACUCACCUGGCCACGUGGACUUUUCGUUCGAUGUAUCCACUGCAGUCCGGCUCUGUGACGGGGCACUGGUACUCAUUGACGCAGUGGAAGGAGUCUGUGCCCAGACCCACGCCGUGAUCCGCCAGGCCUGGAAGGAGGGCAUCCGUCCCUGCCUCGUGAUCAACAAGAUGGACCGUCUCAUCUUCGAGCUGCAGUUCUCGCCCAUGGAAGCGUAUCAGAGACUCAACCGCAUCUUGGAACAGGCCAACGCUGUGCUGAGCUCCAUGAUCAGGAUCGAUGUACUGGAGAAAUACGACCAGGAAGGCCCAUCUGAGGACAAGGAGAAAGAUGGCUACAGUGAAGAAAAUGAAGCCAUCAGUGCGGACAAGAUUGAGUUCACGCUGGAUGAUGAAGCCAUUUCGAAGGAGACGGAGCAGCUCGAGAACGAGAUGCUCUUCUCGCCGGCCAACGGCAACGUCAUCUUCGCCAGUGCGACGGAUGGCUGGGCCUUCGGUAUCGGGUACUUUGCGGCGUUCUACGCCAAGAAGCUGGAUCUACCCGUUCGGGUCAUGCGUCAGGCGCUGUGGGGCGAGUACUACUACAACGGCAAGACCAAGAAGAUCGUGACCAAGCCCCCGACCUCUAACAGCCAGACCAUGUUCUGCUCCUUCAUCCUCGAGCUCAUCUGGAUGACGUACUCGAGUAUGAUCAAGCCGGUCGAGUCGGACGUGGACCUGGAGGCGCUGCGCAAGCUGACGCGUCAACUGCGAGUCGCCAAGCUGGUCACAGACAGGGACCUCAAGCAAACGGACCGCAAGAACGCGACUCAGGCUGUGAUGCGCAGGUGGCUGCCGCUGUCCACCACGGUCCUCAAGAUGGUCACGCGCGUGCUGCCGAGCCCCGUGACGGCCCAGAUGAAGCGCGCGGAGAAGCUGUGCACGAUCUCCUCGGAGCAGCUGGAGAAGUCCCCGCAGCACGCCAAGGUUUUCAACUCGCUGCAGUCCUGCCAGACGUCGGACGAGGCGCCGCUGGUCAUUUAUAUUUGCAAGGUGAUCUCAGUGGAGGCCAACGUGCUGUCCGACUACCACCAGUCGGGCCUUGCUGCCACUGACGAAGUUUACGUUGGCGUUGGGCGCGUCUAUUCUGGAGUGCUGCGUGAGGGCCAACCUAUAUACGUCAUGGAUCCCAAGUUUCAGGGUGUUCCGGGGGACAUUGACGUUGAAACCAUCGACCCCACGACCGUCAAGCACGUCGCGCGCAUUGACAGCGGCUUGAUCAAGACGUACAUGAUGAUGGGGCGUGACCUGCACAAGCUGGACCGUGUGCCGGCCGGAAACAUUGUGGGCAUGGUGGGGCUGCAGGAGCAUGUGCUAAAGACGGCGACGCUGUCGUCGACACUGGCGUGUCCGUCACUGACCAAGAUGCCCUACCAAGCGAAGCCGAUUGUCCGCGUCGCGGUGGAGCCGGAAGACCCGCGCAACUUUGGCGCCUUGGAGGCCGGUCUGCAGCGUCUGUAUCGGUCCGACCCGACUGUUGAAGUGCAUGUGCAGGAGACUGGAGAGCACGUUAUCGUGGCACUCGGUGAGCUGCACUUGGAGCGAUGCAUCAAGGACCUCAAGGAGCGGUUUGCUAAGGUGGCGGUGCAAGUUUCCGAGCCAUUGGUCGGAUUCCGAGAGAGCGUUGUGGAUGGCACUAUCUCCUCGUUCCAGGAGAACAUCGUGUUCAAAGACCUUCUCAAUCCGGAGGGGUCUAAGGACGACCAAACGGACAAGGACGCCGUGGAAGCUAUUGAAGAUGUCGACCCGAAGGUGGCACUGGGAACUACUCCAGACGGCACCUUAACGUUGAAACUACGAGCGCUUCCUCUGCCUCUUGAGACCGCAAAGCUCUUGGAAGAAAGCGCUGCUCUUUUGAAGCGGGUGACUCAGAGUAGGAAGGCGGCCGAAGAGACGAACGGCACGGAGGCGUCUGUCGAGGUGGAAGCUGCUGCUGAGGACGUCUCAGCGUUCAAGAAGAAGCUGGAGAAGUCGCUCCAGUCAAGUGACAAUAACUUUCUCAAGUCCCUCCCACUUAAACAGAUCUGGAGCUGCGGUCCUCGACGAGUUGGCCCCAACAUGCUGAUCAACAACAUCCAGGGCUUCCACGCGCGUGGGUGCCUGUUCCCAUCUAAGUCGGCGACGGAAGUGCAGGAGCAAGACUCGGAUAAGGCUGAGCAGAUCAGGAAGCUGGAGAACAGUAUCGUGACCGGAUUCCAAAUGGCUUCAUCCGCUGGACCCUUGUGCGACGAGCCUGUGUGGGGCGUGGCUUUCGUCAUCGAAGACGUGGUGUUCCACGACAAGAAGAGCGACGAGGACAAGUCCGAGGAGGAACAGGCCGAGGCCAGCAAGUACGGACCGCUGAGUGGACAGGUGAUCUCCAUCAUGCGCACCACGUGCCUCAUGGCGUUUGUCAAGCAGCCCGUUCGUCUGGUGGAGGCCGUGUACGAGUGCACGGUGCAGUGUCAAGCCGAGCAGCUCGGCAAGCUCUACAGCGUCAUCUCCAAGCGACGAGGCGACAUCUACUCGGAAGAGUUAUCAGACGGCACCGCCCUCUUCACCGUGAAGGCCCACCUGCCCGUCGUGGAGAGCUUCGGGUUCGCCACCGAUCUCCUGAUCCAGACGUCCGGCGCUGCGAGCAACCCGCAGCUCAUCUUCUCGCACUGGAGCAUCAUCGACAUGGACCCGUUCUUCCAGCCACAGACGGAGGAGGAGCGCGAGGACUACGGCGAGCGCGUGUACGAGCACAACUACGUGAGGCGCUACAUCGAGGCCGUGCGCAAGCGGAAGGGCCUGUCUCGGGACGAGAAGAUUGUUGUCCACGCGGAGAAACAGCGUACACUUAAGAGAUAA